ACGAGCCAGUCCAAAUCGCUGUACGAUGACAAGAACGGCGGUUACCAUCAUCAGUACAUUUUCCACAAUGGCGGCGAGCGCGCCAGCAAUCAGGCCACGUCCUAUCAAUUGUUCAGUAAUCAGGGUGCCGUAAGCUCGACGACCGUACCGCCGGCGCCACCCCCGCCACCCCCGCCGCAGAUCCAUCAGAUCAGGUACAGCUCGACGGUGGGUCCGCCACCGCAGAUCAUUCACAGCGAACCAUCUACCGUGACGCCGUUGUUCGCGACGUCCUCCACGAUACAGACGCUGCUCAACGCGAACAGCCCGGCGGGUUUGAUCAACCCUAUCUUUCACAAUCACGGAAUCGCGAGCACUACUGAACAUUUCUCCGUCCAUAGCAAUAAUCCACGCGAGACUACUGACUAUCGUGACGAUGAUCAGGAACAAGAUAUAAGGGCAUUGGAGGCAAUACAAUCGGUGAACAAGGGCAAGAUUUCUAAGCUGACAAUAUCUCCGGUGCCAAGCCAGCAAGAAUCGUCCCGAACAGUACAGACGAAAACAAGUCAAACAUCGCAGCAAAGGAUAUCCGGCAACUUUUUGCCGACUCCGGCCACCAUCGAAACAACUAUGAGAUCGUUCUAUCCGACGCCGAGGCCUUCUCCGAAACCUCCGCAGUCAUUGCAGUCAGUCACUCACCAAGUUACCCAACACAUUCACGUGCCGCAGCUCAAACCUCAUCAGAUUACCAUAAAUCUGCCGCCACCAGAUAUCCAGAGAAUCGUUCAGAACCCUUCGCCUCUGCUGCCUUCGCAGUCCCGGGUGAUUGUCACAGCGAAGGCGAGCGUGAGUGACGAAUCUGGUAGACCCCUGAACACUACGCAAUUGGUGACAUUGCCGUUGCCGACUAUACCGGCCAGCUAUGACGAUUACAAGGAGGGUGAUGAGUCCUUCGAUCCCUUUUAUCGCGACGUUCCGAAAAUUCGCAAAAAUCGCCAGAACGCGAUGGAGAACAUAAGAUUCUUGCGUGCGAAACGAUCGCUUGAGCAACCCUAUAACUUUGUUUACGAAGUGAACAGUCAUCAGGAUUUCAAGGUAAUACGAAAAAGUGAACCGCGUAAGAAUGAAGAUAAUGCGAUAAAUAAAGAAAGUACGCAUGUCCAGGUCAAUCUCGAAGAUUUUCGAUCUCUUAAAGAAAGUCUGAUAAAAUUUAGGGACAUCUUAUUUAGCGACAAUGUGAAUGAAGAUUCCUCUCACAGUGAUGCUGAAGAAAAUAGAAAUAAUACCGAACGUAUUGGAAUAAACAGCAAGACUUUUGAUACAAUAUCUGUAAAGCAGGUGCAAGACAAUGCGAUAAAAAAAGUAGACUAUCUAGAAGACUUGAAGACAGAAGCCUCUAAACACUUCAAUUUAAAUAAAAAUACGGACGAGGAAGAAGAAGAUGAGAAAGCGAGUCAUGAAGAUUCGACUCCAAAUGUUAAAAUUAAAUCUGAAAAAUCGCUUGAUGAGAAGAAACACAUUAAGGAUACGUCGGAACUUGAAAUUUACAUCGAAUCUACGACUGCUCAUUCUCGAAAAAAUGAAUCUCAAGGAGACGUUAUAGAUUUAAUAAUACUCGAUUCUAACAAUAACUCCAAAGUGAAAGCCACGUCCGCCAAGACUGACGCACCUAUCGAGAUUAUCAUCGAAGAAACGAAAUCUGACACGUACAACGCAUCAAAGAUUGACGGGAAAGUUGCACACGAAGGACAAAUCGCAGGAUCCUUGAUAAAAGAUGACCCGGAGAAGCGAUCGAACUCCGUCGCCGGCGAGAGAAGACAACUGACAAUUCCGCAUAAAACAAUCAAACGAAAUGGUGCCAAAGAUGGAGAACGAAAGUCUGGUCCGAGAAGGAAAAGUUCUCGACCGAGAUCGUCGAAAAGACGUAUAUCUUCGAGGAUAAGGCAGCAAAGAAUGGAAAACAUUGAACCGACAGAGACAAUUCAGCAAAAGGAAAGAACGACUACUGCUACUACUGUUAUUGAUACUACUACUGUUACUUCUACUUCUACUACUACAACUACUUCUACUACUACCGUGACCCCAUCCAUUACAGCUUUUGAGAAGAAAGUUGCGGAGCAGAUUGAUAGUAACAUUUUCGGGGACUCAGAAUCACAAACUUUUAAAGAGCUUGAUACGAGGGCGAUUGGUCACCGAGACGCGAUAUACUCGAAGAGCUUGCAGGACGGUAAAAGUUACGAUUCAAGUAGGAGUAAGGACAUAGAGCGAUCGUUUGAUCGGCAGAUUGUGGAAGAGCAUACGAGGAGUUCGGAACUACGUGCUGAUCAAAUAGAGGAGGAAAAACGGGAAACAGAAUUGCCGGAUUAUACGCAGACUACCGAAGGAAAAGAUACGACCGAAAAUCCGAGUAAUGCAAACGAAGCGAGAUCGACGGAAGUUGCACAAGUCUCUGAAGAGAAGUCUUCCAUCGAAGAGGAAGACUCUUACAGGGAGUACGAAUUUCCGGAUGAUGAUGAAGCUGAUACGAAUGAAGGAGAACUCGAAGAGAACUCG